AUGGCCAUACAGGGCGAAGCGGAGCCCCUUCUGCGUCCAGAAGACAUAGACUCAAUGACCGUAUAUCCUUUCAUACACAUGAUUCGGACGGACGUCAUGCACUUUAUUGAUACGCCACUGACAUAUGAGGCCCUCACCGCUCCGGACCUGACCUACACUCUGAUCCGGCCUCUUGCAGAAAAAUACAUAUCCAUUCAACAAUCAGGCAACAUGUCCAUCGUGUUCUGUCUUCUCCUGAACCGUGUAUAUUUUGUAAGGGACCAGGGUCUAACAACAGUUUCUCUCUCUCGUACUCGGGCCACACUCUGCGAGAUCCUGGCAAUACGCUGUAUGCGAGAAUAUGCCGAUAAUCUUCUUGACCUGGCUUUGGUUGCUACGACGAGCUGGCCAGUAUUUAACGGCGCGGAUCCGAUGGUCAUGGCUCAGGCGAGGCAGGACAACGACGACCUCGAAGAUAGAGUCGGGAAUGCUAUAGAAAUGGCUAUCAUUAGCAGAGGCAAGGGAUUCAUCAAGAGCGACCCUUGCCAAAAGGUCAUUGACGCAAUUUGGAGUGGCAAAUGUGUCUAUCAAGCAGACAGUAGUCACUCUAUCUUGUCCGAUACGUACAAGCGUACCCCCAUACACUUCUACAAUCCCCACACAGCACCGCUACUAGACCAUUAUCGUCUGAAAGUUCCCGCUAUACGCUCGGUCCUCGAGUACACGAACUUCCUCAUUCUUUUCGUCCUGUUCAUCCUAGCGAUCGAACUCAACUCACGAGACUCGUUAAAUGGCUGGGAGGUAGCCUUCAUAGUAUACGCUCUUGGGUUCUCUCUUGAGAAAGUCGCAGCUAUGCAAGAACAUGGGAUCAAAGUAUAUUUCACAGGAACAUGGAAUGGUUUCGAUCUAGCAUUUGUGACGAUAUAUUUCAGUUACGCCUCCCUCCGAAUCUAUGGGAUCUAUCACCACAGUCUUUGGGCUAGGGAAACGGGCACCAACUGUCUCGCUCUGAUAGCAUGCCUCAUGUUCCCUCGACUAGCAUUUGUUACGCUGCGAAAUAACCUCAUGGUUCUGUCUCUGCGGGCUAUGAUCGCCCAGUUUGCUGCCCUCAUGCUCAUCGCCGCGUUUUGUUUCGGGGGCUUCCUGUAUGCUUUAUGGACCUUUGCAAGAGAUGAUGCAGGCUAUCCCGCAAGUACGAUUGCUUGGUGGAUGCUUGAUCUUUGGUUCGGUCUUGAUGCGAGUGGUUUCGAGAAUGCUUCCAAAUUCAACUCGAUAUUCGGCCCACCAGUGCUCGUCACUUAUGCUUGCCUGAGUAACACUUUGCUUUUGACCGUGCUCGUUUCUAUUCUGUCGCAUACAUUCUCGACCAUCAAUGACGACGCUGCCGCCGAGGCUAUGUUCAGACGUGCUGUGUCCACGAUAGAAGGUGUAAAGGCGGAUUACCUCUUCUCGUACCAGCCACCCAUCAACCUCUUGGCUCUCGUCAUCAUGCUUCCUGCGAGCUAUCUCUUGUCGCCUCGGUGGUUCCACAAAGUCAACGUAUUCAUGAUCAGAUUGACAAGCUUCCCGAUUUUGAUCACUGUUGCUAUCUAUGAGCGACAUGCGAGGAGGAUUGGGACGACCGGGUUUGGCGAGACCUUCAUGAUGACCACUGAGCACAUUCUCGACACGCUUCCGCGGCAACUCAAAAGACUCACCAUCUUUGACGGUCUUACCGGCGGCGGCGCAGAGAUAGAUGCGAUUUUCGACAUAGAGGAUGAACUCGACAGCGCUCUGGACCCACAAGACAGUGGUAUACUCCCACCUCCUAUGGGUAGCGAACGCUCAACCUCCGCCUCACGUCACUCCCUCGCCCCAUCCCAUUCUCAAUCCCAACGCCGCCGCUCCUCAACCCACACCACCUCUCGACCAUUUCCCACCUCCAACCCCUCCGCACCCACCACACCCACCAAAGACAAAGAACGUUCCCGACACAACAGCACCAACAACAGCCCUCAAUCGCCCACGUCACACACCGGAGGCCACUUUGGCCACCACCCGAUCCGCCAACGUGUCAACUCCGCAUUGAACCGCGGUGCGGAGAUGGCACAGAGUUUCACGAGUCCGUUGGCUCAGAUUUAUCAGCCUUUGGUGGUGGAUACGGAUAUUCCGGAGGAGGACCAUCCGCAGGCUGGGACUUUGGAAGGAGUGAGUUAUGGGCCUGUGAUGAGGAGGAGGUUGAGUUCGAUGGCGAGGAGGCCGACUGGGAUGGAUAUUCCGAGGAGGAUGGGAGUUGGGAGUCACGGGGGUGGUGCGAGACAUGGUCAGGGUGGACCUUCCUUUGAUGCGCUUUUGAGUGAAAGUCCAGAUCAGAGAGAGCACGAGCCCGCCGUUCAGGAGGAGGCCGACCAAGUCUCAGAUGGGAAAAAGGUGCAAGGUGAUGGUGGCGAAGAUCCCGGUGAGAGCAAAAGUCAACCGAAAACGGUGGGUGACACGGAGAAUAGAGAGGAGGCUGUGGGGACGUUGCAGUGGCAGGAAAGGUUGAUAAAGAUGGAGGAGAGGCAGGCGAGGAUCGAGAAUAUGUUGAUGGAGAUCAGUAAACACGUUGGUGUAAAGUGA